UCCCAUACGCGCGCGCACGCCAAUUUUCUGGCCGCAUAUACCUACUCGCAUACAACCCGAAACCGCCACAGCAUCCCUGGAGCAGAUUCCGGAGCCAGGAAGAGUUGCAGAGACAAAAGCUUUCAAGAAAGAAAAGGCAGCUUGCCACGGAAUCCGAAGAUGAAUACGACGAGCACGGGCGUUCAGAUUAUGUGAAAUCAGUGGUUACAUGACACCACUGACGUCAUGCCCGCGUCACCGCGCACCACCAGCCGGGUAUUCAAGAGGACGACUCCUCAGUCAAAGGAAGCCUGGAUCGUCGCGCCUAUCAUCGUAUCGACAAGCAUGUUCGUCGCAGAUAGCAGCGGACCCCCGCCCGGCAAGAAUAGUCUUUUAGCACAAGUCUCACGAAGGAUGACAACGAUGCAGACGCCAAGAUCCUGCGACACGUUCUGCGUACUGCCGCCUCUAACAAAAAAUAAUGUGGUGAUUUUCGGGAAGAACUCCGACCGGCCUCAGAACGAAGUCCAAGAAGUGGUGCUGUCAAUGGAACGAGUCAGGGAUUCCCAACUGAAGUGUACUUACAUAACCAUUGAAGAGAGUACAAAGGAAUUGAACAGAGUGAUAUUGAGUAAGCCUGCAUGGAUGUGGGGUGCUGAAAUGGGUGCUAACGACAAAAAUGUAGUUAUUGGGAACGAAGCUGUAUGGACUAACAACAAUGAAGGAGACGGAGAUGCGAGACAGAAGCGCCUUCUUGGAAUGGAUCUUGUUCGCUUAGGUCUCGAAAGAGGUAAUACCGCAGAGGAAGCGUUGGAUAUUAUCACUUCUUUAUUAGAAAAGUACGGGCAAGGUGGGCCAUGUUCGGAGCACGAUGAUAGUCACUUCUACCACAAUUCCUUUCUAAUAGCUGACUGCAAGGAAGCCUGGGUGCUAGAAACUAGUGGUAAACUAUGGGCUGCUGAGAAGAUCACCACCGGAUAUAGAAAUAUUUCCAAUGGUCUUACAAUAGGCACAAAGAUUGAUAAACAUUCAGAUGGUCUUCUAGAAAAGGCUAUGUCUUUGGGAGUUUGGGAUGGCAAAGGCAAAUUCAACUUUAGCAACUCAUUUUCCUCCGGUGGUGAUGAAAAACGGCAAAAGGAAGGCGAGAGAUUGUUAAAAGAAGGCACGGAGAGUGGCCUUUUUAGUGUUCAACAUAUGAUCAAUAUAUUGAGGCAUAAAGAGAGCGGGAUUUGCCGCAGUUGUGAUGACACUUUUCCUACUCAAGGGAGCCAGGUGUCUUUACUCUCAGCGACUACAUUAAACGUACACUGGUUCACCGCCACACCGGAUCCAAGCGUUUCCUACUUUAAGCCGUUUGUGUUUACACCUAACGUGCAGAUUUCAUCGCACACCGAAUGCCCGAAAGAGGCGAAAAAAGAACACAAUCUGUACAAACUUCACAGUGAACACGUAGUGCGGGCAAACAAUGACAAAAUAUCCAAUGUCCUGCGAGAAAUAGAGCAAGGGUGCCUGUCAGAGAUAGAAGAUUUCAUCGAAAGGUAUGACCAAAAGGAGAAUUCGAUAAACGAAUUGGACAACUUGAUGAAAAAAUGCGUCGAAACCGAGGUUACACUUUAUACUUAAGACUCACUUAUUUUGAUUAAUUUAAAUUCUAAUUAGGAGCGUACGACCAAUUUUUUGCUAAGCAUUGAUUAAGGAUCUGUUGCAUCAGCCUGUUAAAGUCAUUGAACUUAAUUAUUACCUAUAGAAGGGCUGUUUAAACAAAAACAGUGUUCUGUGAAGUUGUCAAAAAUAACAACGAGUUGUAAGCAAAACGAGUUACAGCUCACCAACACUUGGUUUACAGUAAGGCUCACCAUCAAUAGAAAAGAAGUGAGUUACUCAAGUCAGGGUUGGUUGACCCUUAUACGAAUAAAAUUAACUAAUUUGAG